CUCAUACCGCAGACCGCACCCCCAAAUGAGCGUGACCUAACUUCUUCUAACCCAGUAACCCCCAUGCUCCACCCCCAAACGGAACCUAGCCCCUCUCUUCUCAGUUCUCACAGUCUCGCUCUCUACACCCUCAGCGCCGGCGAUACCGUUCCUCCCACCACCUCGCAGCGCCGCCGAAUCUUUCCUCCCACUGCUCCCAGGACCUCCUCGCGGACAGAGAGCACCACGAAACCCCAGCCACAGCCAGCGCCCAGUAGCACAGCACCACCCACUCACCCAGGACCACCCAGCGGACAGAGCACCACGCCACCACCCAGCAGCGUUUCUGGCCACCCACAACACAACACCUCCCACCCAGUCACCGAUUCAAGUCAGAGAUGGAGCCCGAGCCGCUGAGUCAGGUAUAAAGGUGGACCAGCAUUACCGAGGAAGUUGAUCUCGCAGGGUGCUGCACAGAAGCAAUAUAGUGUUGAGGUUCACCCACUCAUUUUGAAGUUGACUGAUGCCAGAGAUAACAGUGUGUCAACUGUAAAAUUAAGCAAAAAGGCGAACAUAAGGGAACUAUAUGAAUUGGUGUGCAAAAUCAAAGGAGUAGAACAAAAAAAGGAGUUAUUUUUGGUUAUACAGUAUUUUUUAAAUUGAGGGAUGGCAUGGACUUGAAGUUCCUUUUCAAAGGAGCCCAAUUAAGCCCAAAAGCCCAAACCAUCAAAAUUUGAAAAAAGCUUGUCGUCCAAAAAAGAGCGGGGGAAAAUUCACAGCUUUACGGGAGCAGAGGAGAAGGCGAUGGAGAAGUCGAAAAUGGUUGAAGCAGGUGGCAACAACAACGAUUGUUCUUCAAUGGAAACGGGAUUCGGAAGCAACUUCUCCGAUUUGACCAAGUCCUUCAGUUUGGCCCUUCGUUCUCUCCUCACUUCUUGCUCCAACCAGGAGUUCAAUGAAGCUUUCUCAACUUUUACUGACACCGAAACACAAUUUCUUCAUCGUCUGUUUCUUCAGCUCAUCACUUCGUUGCAUGAAAACAUAGAGGAAGAGUUUAAGUCAAUCUGCCUUCGAACAAAGGUAGGAGCCACCCUCGAUGCAGUUGAGGAAGUCAUAGAAGAAAGAGAUCUCGAUCCCUUAUUUUCAGAGAGGAGUAACAUAAUGGAUGUUGCUGAGGAUCUGUCUGCAGCAAAGAAGAAUGAAAUUCAACAUCUAAAGGAGAUGGUGCAGUUGGGAGAGGAAAAGAAUCAAAUGCUUCGAUCACGAUUACAACUCCUUAGGGAAGGCAGACAAGUCUCGUCUGGUGCUUUCCAAGCUGUUGAGAAGUUCAGAAGCAUGAAUUUGAGCUAUGGUGCUAACAUCAGUGACAAGUGAUGGGAUCCAUGACAUGAUGUAUAAACUAUGUUUCAUCCUCUUUUAGAUCAUUCCUACAAGGUUGUGUAGUUUUUUUGAAGAUUCAAAUAUUCAAUGUUAGCAGAGUACCUUUCUAUAGAAUCAUUACAAGUACUUAGUCACUUCACAGUGCUUGGAAGUUUAGUAAACAAUCAACCAGUUUUUCUUAUCUUUUUUAUAUUCUGCUGUGACGUUAUUCUCUGCGUGUAUGGUGCGAUCUUUGUUUAUGAAAUGUAGGAUUUGCUUCCCUGCAAUCUUGCACUCACGUGGCAUACUCAAUUGGUCUUCUUUAAAUGGACCUUAUGCAUUAAGUGGCAGGGUGUAUGAUGAUGACGA